UACUCCAAACUAAUUGCACGUGGCAGUCUCUCCAAACUAUAUAAACGAUGAUUCGGCCCUCCUCAACAAGAUUCAAUACUCCCUUACAAUCUCAGAUUCAGAGUGAGAAGAUGGAGAAAGGCAUGACAGAAAUCACAGACUUAGUUUUCUCCCAACAAAAUAAGGAGAGAGAAGAAAAGGAAGAAAAGAGCGUUGAUGCUAAAGAAAGUGCAGAAGAAGAGAAUCAUUCUGGUGACGAUUCUACUUCACCAGAAGCUAAAAAUGGAGGGGUCUUCGGUAAUUUCAUUUCUGGUAUUUUGCAUCCGAGUGGCGGUGGGGAUGAGAGAGAAGGAAGCGCCGCCGUGGAUGAGAGAGAAGGAAGCGCCGCCAGCGAUGGAGGCGGUGGUUUGAUAGAUAAUAUCGCCUCUCACUUGCCUGCUCCUCUUUCUGAUGAUGCAGCUCCUGCUACGGAAGAGGCAUCUAUUUUGAUUCAUUCCAUUAUUCACGAUUAGUGGUUUUUUUUAAAUCGUUAUUCUUGUACUCCGUAUUUAUUUCUAUUUCUAUUUCUAUUUCAAUUAGACUCAUUUCCACAGCAAACUCUGCCUUAUUUUUUGGUACCAGAGUUUGGGGAUGUAAUAUGUGCUUUGUAAUUCAUUUUAAUAAUGGAAUUGUAUACAAAUUCUUCACUUAAUUGGAUGGUUACUGCAAA